AUGAAAAUUCCACAAGUGGGCGUAUUGUCGUUCGAUGGUACUUGUAGGUCUUUUGACAAUAGUGCUAAAGGUUAUGCUCGGUCGGAAGCCAUCGUCGCUGUUUAUUUACAGAAGGCUAAAGAUUCCAGAAGGGUUUACGCUCAGUUCGUUCAUGGAAAUACCAACUGCGAUGGUUUCAAGGAGCAGGGUAUCUCUUACCCUGCCGGUUAUAUUCAGAGGCUGCUCCUCAAAGAAUUUUACGAGGAGUGCUCGAUCCCUCCGUGUAUCUUGGAGUACGUGGAGGCUCAUGGCACAGGUACCAAAGUUGGAGAUCCUGAGGAGUUGCAGGCAAUUGAUGAUAUCUUGUGCACCGGGCGCAAAAAUCCGCUACUGAUCGGCUCCAUUAAGUCCAAUUUGGGACAUAGUGAGGCUGCCUCCGGUCUUUGCUCUAUUGCUAAGAUGUGCAUCGCUUACAACACUGGAUACAUUCCUCCGAAUAUACAUUAUAAUGUCCCUCGUGAAGGAGUAACAGCCUUGGCUGAGAAGAGGCUGACAGUAGUCACUGACAAGACUCCUUGGGGCAGGGGCAUGUCUGGAAUCAACAGUUUCGGAUUUGGAGGAGCCAACGCUCAUGCUUUAUUGAAAGACUUCGCGAAAGUAAAGGUGAAUAAUGGUAUACCAUCAGACGACUUGCCCCGUCUCGCCUGCGUGUCAGGUCGUACGGAGUCAGCAGUAGCCAGAAUUCUGGAUGACUUGGAGUCCAGAACAGUGGAUGCUGAGGUGAUUCGAUUACUUCACGCUAUUCAUGAUGACGACAUUGAAGGACAUAGUUUUAGAGGAUAUACUCUCCUGGGCUCAACUUCCACAAAGAGUAUGACUCUAGCGCGUGAGAUCCAGUACUUCUCAGGAGUGCGUCGUCCAGUGUGGUUCGUGUACUCGGGUAUGGUCUCCCAGUGGGCCAGUAUAGCAAAGCAGCUCAUGAAGAUCCCCGUCUUUGCUACUGCUAUUGAGAAGUCCCACAAAGCUCUUGAACCUAAAGGCAUCAACCUGACAAAGAUCAUCACUGAUAAUGACCUUAAGAUCUACGACAACAUCCUUAACUCCUUCAUUGGUAUCGCCGCUGUACAGAUCGGACUCACUGAUGUGUUGAAAACUAUUGGCAUUGAACCUGAUUACAUCAUUGGGGAUGGCAUCGGUGAACUAGGUUGUGCGUACGCUGAUAGCUGUUUCACCGCGGAGGAAAUGAUCUUGUCUGCAUACAGUAGGGGCCUGGCUUCAACUGAGGUAUCAUUUGUUAUGAAACCUAUGGCUGAACUUGAUAUUAAAUCACGUUCCGAGAAAUGGGUAUCGACCACCUCAUCAUUUCGAGAGCAAUCGAAAGACACGAAUAAUGCUGAGCUGUCUCCCACUGAACCGCACACCCAUGUCUUCGAGAGUCCCGCGUUGUUCGAGAAAGCAGCUCGUCUGAUCCACGCUAAUGCAAUCACCAUCGAGAUCGCCCCCCACGGUCUGCUGCAAGCUAUCCUGCUCAGGUCUCUGAAGAAGGACGUCAUCAACGUCGCUUUGACACAGAAAGACCACCCGGACAAUGUCCAAUGUCUGUUCACUGCUAUUGGAAAAUUAUACGACUUAGGUCUGAAUCCACAUCUGGCCAACAUCUACCCACACGUACCAUUUCCUGUGUCACAAGGUACGCCUAUGCUUGCUCACCUCGUUGAGUGGGAGCACAGUGAGAACUGGUACGUAAUGACCUUUAAUGAGCUAGAGAAAAUGAAGAUUGGUGAGAGAACAGUCAAAAUAUCUAUUGACGAUGAAGAAUACGACUAUAUGACUGGUCACGUCAUUGAUGGUCGUAACUUAUACCCUGCCACCGGUUACUUGGUGCUAGUCUGGGAAACCCUUGCUAUGAUGAUAGGAGAGGUUUAUACCAACGUGUCAGUGGUCUUCAAAAAUGUACGCUUCCAGAGAGCCACUAACAUUCCUAAGGAGGGAAACCUGGAGUUUAUCAUCACGAUCCAAAAGGAGAGUGGUAACUUCGAGAUUUCGGAAAGUGGUGUUUCUAUCGUGACUGGUGGGGUUUUUGCCAAGAAAAACGUCGGCCAAGACUUAAGGGUACUCCCACACUUGCCAGAAGCCAGUGGUCCUUGCAUCAAGCACUUGUUGACCAAGGACUUCUACAAAGAACUGCGUCUCAGAGGAUAUCAAUAUAGUGGUCUAUUCCGUGGAGUUAUCGGAUGCAACGUCGAAGCCACACGUGGUCGUCUCUCUUGGGUCAACAACUGGGUCACCUUCAUGGACUGCAUGCUGCAGAUGAUGCUCUUUGGCCAAGAUUCCAGGAGUCUUUAUGUACCCACUAGGAUUGAGAGACUCUCCAUCGAUGCUACGAUGCACUGUGAUGCCAUCGCCAAAAUGAAUCUUGAUAGUGACAAUAAAUCUUUUGAGGUUCGCGUCUAUCCCGAUGUCAGUGUUAUAAGGGCUGGUGGUAUCGAAAUUCGAGGCCAUCACGCUACUCCUAUUACUAAAAGGCAGCCUCUUGGUAUACCUAUUCUUGAGAAGAACGAAUUCAUCCCUAACUUUGGACAAUACAAGAUGAAGAUUAAGGAUAUCCUUCGUGCAAACAUUCAGCUGGUUCUCGAGAACAUUCACAGCUAUAAAGUCAAAAGUAUUGAGUUAUAUGACGAAGAAUACAUAAAGAACAAUCUGAAGCCCUUGUUAGAAAAUAUCGGUGAUAUACUUGGAGAUUUGCCCUUAGUCCAGGCUGAGCUGUUACUUAUUUCCGAAGAGCCCGUUGAUGUGCCUUCCAACAUCACCGUCGAGAAAAAGAAACUGAGCGGACAGAGUAACACUAUACUGUUUAUUGGAGCUAAUCUCCUUGGUAGGCCUGAGCUUUUACAACAAGCAAUCAGCACCCUCCGUGAAAAGGCCUUCGUCAUUAGUCGCGAAAAGGAACGCCCCAACCCUAAGGAUUACUCUGACAAAUACGACAUUGUUACCAUUCAAGACACAGGCUUCGAAUACAUUGUAUUGGUGAGAAAACGCGUGGGAGCCAGACCAGCCAAGUUCGUCAGGAUCUUAGCUUCUGAUGAUACUUUCCCAUGGAUCGACAAAGUCAAGGAGGAAAUCAAAGAAGGCCAGAAAGUGGUCCUAUACACACAAGAUGAACAUAUCAACGGUCUCUUAGGAUUAGUGAACUGUUUGAGGAAGGAGCCUGGCGGUGAGAUUGUGUAUGGUCUUCUUAUUGCUGACCCAUCAGCUCCUCCAUUUAACCCUGAUUUGAAAUUCUAUGAAGACCAGCUAACUAAAGUUUUGGCUCUAAAUGUGUUUAAGGAUGGCCAAUGGGGUACCUACCGUCAUCUUCUCUUGGACGAUUUGGAGACAGUUCGUGCCAACCAUGCCUAUAUCAAUAUCCUUACCAUCGGAGAUCUUUCUUCACUGAAAUGGAUAGAAGGUAACAUCGACGCCAACCAUGUGUUCCAGGAUAAGGAAACGCUACUAGUCCAUUUGUAG